GGAAAUGGAAAAGGAAGGGCAGCGGUUAAUGAGAUCGCAAGGAGUGGGUGGGGUGUGAAAAGGGAGGCAAGAUCACACACUUGGUGCUUUUGGGUAAUAAUUUCAUGUACUUGUUGCACCCUUUCCCAUGUGAAUCCACGCAGUCAUCUCCCUCUUCCUGCCUCCUCUUCCAGGAGAUAGCUGGUCUUUGGCCCUUCCUUUUCUUUAGUGCAGGGGAGUUAGGUUGCUUCCUUUUGUCAUCGUCUGUAGUCUACAUACAUGUUCGUGAGACUCGAUCUUAUUCUCAUCCCAUAUUCUCACCACAAGCCCCAUCAACACCAUCACCCUGUCUCUUUCUCGUGAAGAAGAAGAAGAAGAAGAAGAAGAAGAAGAAGACUAUAAUAUAUAGAGGAGAGAGAGAGAGAUAGAGUGAGUUGAAGAGGGGAAGAAACUGAACGAAGCAUGGAAAAGAGCAGAGAGGUGGAAUUGUGCGACACCGGCCUCAGUCUCGAAUUGGGCAUCGGCGGAAAGAGCACCACGUGGUCGACGGAUCAUCGAUCCAUGGCUCAGAGGCAGGCAUCGCUCACGUUAAGCCUCUCCGAUGAGGGAUGCGGGGGCGAAGCCGUGCAGGAGGCGGAAGCUUACAAGGGGUGCGUGGAAGGUGGUCAGCUACGACCGUCAUCUCCUCUCAGUCACAGCACGGUCUCGUCGUUUUCCGCUGCCUACCCUCAGACGAUCAAGAAGGAGAAGGAGGUCGUGGGAGGUGAGGAAGCGGAGGUAGAGCUGGCCACCUUUCGAGGAGCACGCGACGACGAUAACGAUGGCAGUGGCAGGAAGAAACUUAGGCUCACAAAGGAGCAGUCGGCCAUGUUGGAAGACAGGUUCAAGGAGCACAGUAACCUUAAUCCUAAACAGAAGCAUGCCUUGGCCAAGCAAUUGAAUCUUCGGCCACGGCAGGUGGAAGUAUGGUUCCAGAACAGGAGAGCAAGGACUAAGCUGAAGCAGACGGAAGUCGACCGCGAGCUCCUGAAGAGGUGCUGCGAGUCGCUGACCGUCGAGAACCGGAGGCUGCGGAAGGAGCUGCAGGAGCUGAAGGCCCUCAAGUUCACGCCGCCGCUCUACAUGCAGCUUCCGGCGGCCACCCUCACCAUGUGCCCUUCCUGCAACAGGGUUGGAGGCUCUGCCGACAGCUGCAACAGCGGCGGUGCCGAAGAAUUCGCGGCGGCACCACCAACUCCUCGCUUCUUCAAUCCCUUCAUCCAUUCGGCAACAUGUUAGCUAGCGUGGGAAGACUCUGCUCCUCGCACCCAGUACCGCAUGCAUGACCCACCCCCACUCUUUCUUCCUCGGGCUUUGGGAAUAACACUUGAUACUCAUGCGCCAAUUCUCUCUCUAACCUGGCUUUGCCUGCACGAAGAUAGAAAUCAAGAAACUCCGCUAUAGUUUCCUACGGUAACCCCAUGUAUUUGACUGUAACAUCGAGUAUAAAUAAUCUUUCUUGUUCUUGCUGUCCACGCUGGUGGAAGGAGGAAGCAAGGAAGCUUCGUGUUA